AUGCAUUACGAUGAAUAUGGAAAAAAGAAAUAUUUCAACGACUCAAAGAACGAACAACCUGAUAAACAAGAAGAAAUCUUGAGCAUUGCUCUUGAGGAGAUUGGAAGAAUCGUCACAUCGCCCUUACAAGUAAUCCACAAACUACUAUCAAAGGAGGUUAAUCACAAAGAAGCGUUCGCCACGUUGAGAAGAAUUCAGGUCAAUAAAUUAGAAUUGAAUGAAACAAUCGAGAGAAUUGGAGCCGAAACGGUGGAAAUCAUAGAAUCUCUCAAGGUCGAAUAUUUUCGUUACAUGAUUCAGAAGAAACCGUAUUACGAAGAAAUAACCAAAGAGUACAAGAAACACAAAAAUAUGACGAAUGACCUAAAGGAUCAUAAAUUAAAAUUGGAAAACGGGGCGGGGAUAAAUGAAGAUGCGGACUUUCAUCGGAAGUUGAAUGAAUUGACAGCAUCACCAAUUUUGAUGAUGAUGUGUGAGUGGUUAGAAGAUUUAGAAAUUGACCCCGUGAUUUUUGCACCCUAUAGAAACCUCGAGCAUAAACUGAACGACAAAGCAACACAGUUUUAUUAUUUCCGCAUCAAGAAUCUAGAUGAAAGAGUUGAAAAUAAUUUAAAGGAGUUUAGAAGGCAUGUUCUGCGUGACAGAGAUAAGAUUCUUCAAGAUUUAUUUGAUGUUAUUAGUCAAACAUACAAUAUAACAAAUGAGCAAACCAUCCAGGAUGACACAACAGCAAUCAUUGAUGUUCACCUAACAAAUUCAGAACAUCAAGAUAGAAAAGAUUAUUCGACCCGUUGCAAUAAUAUUUUAGAGCUUUGGUCAAAGGGUUUAUUGAAUGAGAUAAUUGAGCAAACGGAAAAGCCAGAUGAACGUGGCGAAAAUUAUUAA